AUGUCUAAUCCAGGGUCAGAUGACGGUCGCAAUGGUGAAGAUAUAAGACCAUCGGGGUACCCUGAGAUUCUAGAUGACUUGAUCGACCCCAUCCUUCGUCAUCCAGAUCUCAAUCAACCCACACCUGCCUUCAUUCCACCCCUGUCUCCCCAAGAAGUUACUAUGGGUAACCUCGAAGGUGAGCUGCAAGAUCAGUCAGCCAGCAUCGGCAGUGAGGACACCAGUACGUGGCAGCAGGGUACUCUGCCUCCAGCAAGACCUCCCUUCAUGGCUCCUUCGGCUCCUGGUGGCGUGCUCGUUCGCAACAACGCUCACCACCAAGUCGGCCAAGGCCGUCAAGCAAUUCCCUUCGGUGACGGUACCUCAAGCAGUCUUCGCCCGACCACUCAGACCACUCAGACUGAGGACGAUUCGCGACCUACCAAGAAGCUGAAGCUCGAUAGCGACUCGCAAGAAGAGUAUCGCAACGCGCAAUCCACCAACUUCCAUCCCAAUCGAUCAGCCUACCCUCCGCCGCGCUACUUAGACUACCAGCCCCAGAGCGUAUUCAGCAACGCGUAUCCUCCACCUCCAUCUUCCGCGCAUGGUCCUCCCCAAGAUGGCCCUGGUCAUGUACCGAAUGGCAACAGCAACCCAACGCGCCGUCCUCUGGUUGACAUCACAAAUGCAACAGCUGAUGCCGACCAAGCCGCCUCUCCGCAGCCAAUAGAUCGUCCUGGUAAUACCCACACUGUGCCACCGACUGAUCCCGGUAAUCAUGCUGUGAGAUAUGGACUCCACUACAUGACCACUCGCUCCGAGAUGCUGUUCGCCUCUGCUGGGGACCUGCAACGAUAUGUUCAGCGCCAGAACGAGCUCCGCCAAAUGUUAGGCAUGACUAGCUCCUUGCAGUCCUCCUGGCACCAAGGCCAUGUUGUCAACGGAAGACUUGUUGAUAGCAACGGAACACCAGUCGAUGUUGACGACAACGGCUGCACUGCUCCAGCAUCCAAUGAGACUGGCACCAAAGAGUCGAAGCCUGUGAAGCGCAAGCGCCAGAGCAGCACAAUCAAGAAGGAGACCAAGAAGACCAAGUCGCAGAUCAAGAAGAAGCCCAACGCCACCAGUGGUCCUCGUCGACAGUCCACCAAGGCUAAAGGCUCAACAGGUUCCCGGUCGCAGAUCGGCGACUUUCCAGGCUUUCUUCCCAGAACCGCGACAGUCCCAGGGGAUCUCGCCGAAGAUGGCAUGCCUCGUGGUCUCAACUUGUAUGAGAUCUGUCAGCGUUAUCCCAACCACUUGUGGUAUGACGUCUUCGAUCCUUUCCUGCAGCGCCAGUGGUCUGCCAAGGAAAUCUUUCACAGUAUGCCUCAGUCGGUGAUUGAUAACGUCCUUAAGCGUCGCGAGGGUGCCCCUUCAGGAAACUCUCCGGAGAUGUUCUUAACCAAGCGCAGAUCCACACGGUACCAUCAACUGCAGGAGCCCGAGAACCAUGAGCGUUGGAACAAGCUCAUUCGUCCAACCAUUGGCGACCACCCUACCUUCUUGCGAGGGGAUGGCAGGCCCGAUGAUCUGAAGCGCUACUCGAGCGCGACUAGGGGAGCGAACUAA